UUAGCUGUGUCGUUCUUAUUACAGGCACUCCUGUUAACGAUGAUGUUGGCAGGAAUUUUGAGCGAACCUCAAGGACCUGCCUACCUUCCUCCGCAAGGCACCCGAACACCCACUGGCGGCGGUGGCGGCGGCGGCGGCGGCGGUAACGUUGGUCAUCCAGACGAGUGGGCCGGAGACCCAGCAAACUACGAAUUCUCGUACGAAGUCCAAGACGGGGUGGCUGGUUUGGACUUCGGCCAUCACGAGUCGCGCAAAGACAGCGAGGCGUCAGGGACGUACCACGUGCUGCUGCCGGACGGCAGGACCCAGAUCGUCGAUUACGUCGCCGACGAUGCCGGAUAUCGUCCCAUGGUGCGGUACGAGGGCACCGCCACCUUCCCCGCCCCAGCACCCUCCCCCGGGGGAUCCGCCAACGAAGGAUACAGAUACUAAUCGCUUCACGGUGUAUAUAAAUAAAAAAUUCAAAGACUAACUCGAACUCCGCGUAACCCUGAACGAUUGAUUUUCCAUCGAGACGCGCUCUGCUCCUGAUGUAACAUUAAUUUUCCAUUAAGACGCGCUGCUCCUGAUGUAACAUUAAUUUUCCAUUAAGACGCGCUGCUCCUGAUGUAACAUUAAUUUUCCAUUAAGACGCGCUGCUCCUGAUGUAACAUUAAUUUUCCAUUAAGACGCGCUGCUCCUGAUGUAACAUUAAUUUGUUUAAUAAUGUAAACUAAGACGCUGCUCCUGACGUGUAACGUUCAUCAUCGAUUCGGAUGAGCGUCGUGUUUAAUGACUUAAUUUUUGAUGUUGACUCGACAGUUUACACAAACUUGUAUUUGUUCGAUCUCGAUGAUAUACGAAGAGUUUGUAAAACAUU